AUGUCGUCGACAAGACUUGCUGGCGGUGCUAAACAUCGGCUAAUGUCCGAGAUGCAAGAGCUCUCAAAAGAGAAAUGGGUGAACAUCGAUUUGGUGAAUGCCAAUAUCUUACGUUGGCGACUUGGUCUUAUUGUCGUUAAUCCCGACAGCGCAUUUAAUGGAGGCUACUUUAAGGCCGAGAUGACCUUCACUGAAGAGUAUCCCUACCAGCCGCCGACCUUUAGAUUCCUCAUCCCCAUCUAUCACCCCAACAUCUAUCCCGACGGCAAACUAUGCAUCUCCAUUCUACACACUCCCGGCGAAGAUAUCAUGUCUGGAGAGCAGGCCAGCGAGCGGUGGUCUCCUUUACAAGGUGUUGAGUCUGUGCUCCGGUCCGUUCUCCUACUUUUAGAUGAUCCCGAGAUCAACUCCCCCGCAAACGUAGACGCCAGCGUAACGUACAGGGACAAUCGCACUGCCUACGACAAGAAAGCCAGGGAAAUUGUCGAGAAGUCCAAGAGCGACAUUCCGAGCGACUUCGUGAUGCCAACCAGUCUCGAACCUCCCCCACCACCGAAGCCGGUAGACGACGAUGCUGCAUUUUGGGACGAAAGUGACGAAGAACUUGAUUUCGGAGGUAGUGACACAGGCGAUGACGCAGAAUUAGCAGAGUUUGAUGAAGACGGCGAGGAUGACGGCGCUAGCGACGACGACGAUAAUUAA